AUGGGACAGGAACAGCUUUUGAGGCAAUCAUCGCUUCCCACUCAGAGCAGUCCCAGCUCUGCAGGCUUCGCCCAACCCGCAGCGACAUCGUCACCAGCACCCCCAAGAGCUGUAGCUCAACCUGAUCCGUCGCUAGCAGCCCGAGCUGCAACCCUGAAGGAGCUGGUCAAGAAGAAUCGCCAGAAGACGGUCGGAUCCAUGCAACUCGGCGCCAGCACGAGCGCUUCAAUGCCCUCGAAGCCACCACCUGCCCAAUCGACUAGAUCCUCGCAUGACCAGACUCUCUACAAGACGGCAGAGAAGGAGAUUGUUGACCUGGUGGCCGAGAUCGAAGCCGCCAAGCAGGGAGAUACGAAGGGAGGAGACAUGGCACUGGGAACCGUAUCCGCCAAGGGCGACCACCAGCCCGCUGAAGUUCAAAACACAUCUCCAGCCCCGCAACUAGGCGCAAAGCAGUCAGCCCAUCUCAGCGGAGCUGAGCAGUCAAAGAUAUCCCAGAACAAAAGCCAGGCGCGCAAUACAACUACCCUUCCAAAGCACAACAAGAACGGAGUCAUCGGAAAGCCCAGCCCAGAUCGCCGACAGAAGCAAGAAAAAGACCGUCAAGACGCAACAACAGUCACGCCUCCACCUGUACACCGGUUGGAUGGCUCGAGCUCUAAAGCGAGCACUGGGGAAUCAAAGAGCGAUAGCGUCUACACACACAAUCCGAUCAAGCAUGCGGCUCGGGACGCAAAGACCCCCGGCGAGGGCCAGGGCGCAUCGAUCAGUCAAGACCACCGCGGCAAGUCCUUGGGUGCAAGGGCAACAGGAGGAAAGGCAAAGGCCUGCUUGGGAAGCGAUGAUACAACGGAGAAGGCCCACGACAACACCUAUCCGAGGAUGCAGGGAGCCGGCAGCCUGCUGGCUGAACACCCAGGAUUGGCCGAUACCACACACAAACCGGCACCUUUCAAGGGCAAGAUGGUAUCGAUCACGAUACACUCCACUGGCUCAUCCAACGAGCAGAAAGAUGUCAUGAUGUGGCUGGAGCGCUCUGGAUACUACAACGAGGCCACCAGAGCUCCCAUCGUCGAUCGCUGGCACAAACUGGCUGAAGUGGAAACUUUGAAGGCCAAACUCCUUCAGGAGGAUCAAAACUCGGGCUUUGACUUUCGCCGCAGAACCUCAUCCCAGCCUGACAACACCGCGCCAGAGCUCACGCCCAUGGAAAUCGAUCUACCGAACACUGGCCCAUCUGCUCAUGGGUCCCUGCCCAAGAAGGCGAUUGCGCAUGCUGAGCGGAAGACAACACCGGUGAACACCCGUCACCGAGACUAUGGCAUCGAGGAUCGCGAGCUUGGCCGCAGGCGGGAUCGAGAUGAUCGCUCCGUCAGCCCGGGGCGAUCCCGAACGCUAACGCCACGGACCGGCUGGUCCUCACGCCGGAAUUACGAUGGAUCUCGAUCACCCCCACCUCGAGGUUGCCGCCGUGAACCAGACUGGGACAGAGAUUGGGACAGAGACUGGGACAGAGACUGGGACAGAGACCGAUACAGAUAUCAUGACCCUCGUCGGAGCCAAUCGCCAAGUGCUCGGGGUCCUCGAGCACAGACAAACACGUCCUCACGCUACGGCUCAGGAAACCGCACUCCCGGCAAUAGGAACAGCGACCACAGCAGGCUGGCACGGAAAGUGAAUCAAAAGGUGGACCUGGGACGCCCUGGAGAGACCAGAUUUUUCGCUAUCAAGUCGUUCAACGAUGCCAACAUUCACACAUCCAUCAAAGAGGGACUUUGGACUACUCAGCCUCAAAACGUGAAACCGUUGAGCGAGGCAUAUGCCAGCAGCAAAAACGUGUUGCUCUUCUUCUCCGUGAAUGACUCGGGUGCAUUCCAAGGCUACGCGCGGAUGUGCGGCACACCAGACAGCUCCAUCGACCCACCCAACUGGGCCGACAUCAACGAGCGGCGGUUGUCGCCUCCCUUCCGUAUCCAGUGGCUCAGCACGACAGCCAUCUUGUUCAAACACAUAAAACACCUGCGCAACCCGCUGAACAAGAACCUGUCCGUGCAGAUCGGCAAAGACGGCCAGGAGAUCGCCGAGCCAACGGGUUUAGCCCUGCUUGAUUUGAUGGAGACCCCGGUUUGCGAGCGGAAGGCCAUCUGGGUCGAGCCCGCCGCAUUCGCGGUGAACUCUUGGGACAAGCCGAAGAAGGCCCGGGAGUACGCCCGCAGCCGCAGUUUGGUGUCUCGAAUCACAAAAACCUGAAGAGUGAGGGCAAGGACGGGGACUUUCUCCGAGAGGAACAAGCCCAGCUCAAAGGCUUCCUAGGUGAGAAAGGGCACGGGUUUGGGUGGUUUCAAGGCUAUGCUAGAAGGGUUUUGGACUUGGGAGCAGGAGCAUACAGCCGACAGCCGCCGCCUGGGAGAGAUGCCGUUUUUGCGUUCCCGGCUAAGCAGACACGUGGAUGGGAGAUAUACAGCUUCGUGGGAACGCUUUGGAGAUAGUUUAGUUUUUUCCAGGUCGAAGGCUGUGAGUAGCUCUUGAAAUUCGGGAUUUGCGGGCAGGAGUCUACGUCCAUGGAGAUACCGAGACCUUCAGAAGGGAAGAAUUAAGAGGCUUUAG